UUCUGUUUACUGAAAACCCCAAGACUGAAGAAGAGGUUCCCUCUUUGAAUGAGAGAAACUCAGCACCAUGUGGAGCUUCAGGUUUCUCCUCUUCUGGGGGUAUUGUGGUAUAUUCAUCUGGGUUAUGUUCCCAUUGGAAUCAAUGACAGAUGAUGUGAAUGAGUGUCUGGAUACCACCAUGUGCCCAGCUUACGCAACCUGCACCAACACUUUGGAUAGUUACUACUGCACUUGCAAACGAGGAUUUCUGUCCAGCAACGGACUGACGCAGUUCAGGGACCCAGGAGUGACAUGCGAAGAUAUAGAUGAAUGUUCUCAAAGCUCCCCACCAUGUGGUCCUAACUCAGUCUGCAGAAACCUUAUGGGGAGGUACAGAUGCAGCUGUUUCCCUGGUUUCUCUUCUCCCACCGGAAAUGACUGGGUCAUGGGAAAUCCGGGUCAUUUCUCCUGCACAGACAUCAAUGAAUGCCUCUCCAGUGGUGUCUGCCCAGAGCAUGCUGAGUGUAUCAACUCCUUGGGAAGUUACAAUUGCAGCUGCCCGGUUGGAUUCAUCUCUCACAACUCCAUCUGUGAAGAUAUUGAUGAGUGCCUUCACAUGUGCCCUUCUAAUGCAACAUGCACCAACACUCCUGGGAGCUACUUUUGCACCUGCUCUCCUGGCUUUGUACCAAGCAAUGGACAGCCAAGCUUCACAGACCAAGAAGUCGAAUGUAGAGAUAUUGAUGAGUGUUCCCAAGAUCCAUCACCUUGUGGCCCCAAUUCUGUCUGCACCAAUGCCCUGGGCUCCUACAGCUGUAGCUGCCUUGGAGGCUUUCAACCCAAUCCAGAAGGCUCCUUGAACUUCAGCUGCAAAAGGAUUCCCUUUAAGUGUAAAGAAGAUGUGAUACUCAACAAUGAGUGGGUCCAGCUCUGCCAAGUGGGAGGAGCAGUGGAGCCUGAACAUGGUUCCUUCUGCACACUAAUGAAUGCCACCUUCAGUGUUCUGGACAAUGCCUGUGGAAACAGAACUGCCAUGGUUUCUCUGAAGAGUGCAGUUGAGAGCUUUGCCUCUGUCCUAGAACAAACAUCCACAUCGUCCAACUUCACCAAAGAAGAGACCUCCGCCCUGGCCACUGUUGUCCUGGAGAGUGUGAAAAGCACCACCCUGGCAGCGUUCCUGAAACCGUCAGCAAAUGUCAGUCAGACUGUCCAGACUGAACAUUUAGAAAUUGAAAGCAAAAUUAUCAAGGAAGAAUGCACUGAAGAGAAUGUGAGCUUUCACCUGAGAGCCAAAGGGGACGAGAUGGAGAUUGGGUGCUCCACCAUUGAAGAAUCUGAAUCCACAGGCACCACUGGGGUGGCUUUUGUCUCCUUUUCGGGGAUGGAGUCUCUUUUAGAUGAGAGCUUCUUCCAAGACCCUGAGACCCCUUUGACCAACUCCCAGAGGAAGUUGAAGGUGAAGAUGAAUUCUCGCGUGGUACAGGGCAUCAUGACUGGGGAGAAGAAACAUGGCUUCUCUGACCCAGUCAUUUACAUGCUGGAGCACAUUGAGCCAAAGCAGGAAUUUGAGAGGCCUAUCUGCGUUUCCUGGGACCCCAUUGUGGAGGGUGGUAGGUGGAUGCCCUCUGGCUGUGUGGUCCUUGAAGCUUCUGAGACGCAUACUGUCUGCAGCUGUAAUCAAAUGAUGAACCUGGCCAUCAUCAUGGCUUCUGGGGAGCUCACGAUGGAGUUAUCCCUGUACAUCAUUAGCCAUGUGGGCAUGAUCAUCUCCCUGGUGUGUCUCAUCUUGGCCAUCGCCACCUUCCUGCUGUGUCAUGCCAUUCGCAACCAAAACACGUACCUCCACCUGCACCUCUGCAUCUGCCUCUUCUUGGCCAAGACUCUCUUCAUCAUCGGUGUAGACAAGACUGACAACCAGAUGGGCUGCGCCAUCAUUGCAGGCUUCCUGCACUACCUUUUCCUUGCCUGCUUCUUCUGGAUGCUGGUAGAGGCUGUAAUGCUCUUCCUUAUGGUCAGGAACCUGAAAGUGGUGAAUUACUUCAGCUCUCGCAACAUCAAGAUGUGGUACCUCUGUGCCUUUGGCUACGGGCUCCCAGUGCUGGUGGUGGCUGUCUCUGCCAGUGUGCAGCCACAAGGUUUUGGGAUGCAUAAUCGCUGCUGGCUGAAUACAGAGACAGGGUUCAUCUGGAGUUUCCUGGGGCCAGUCUGCGCCAUCAUCAUGGUUAAUUCCAUCCUCCUGACUUGGACGUUGUGUGUCCUGAGGCAGAAGCUUUCCAGUGUCAAUGCUGAAGUCUCAACGCUCAAAGACACCAGGUUACUGACGUUCAAAGCCUUUGCCCAGCUCUUCAUCUUGGGGUGCUCCUGGGUGUUGGGCAUUUUCCAGAUUGGACCCAUGGCUAGUAUCAUGGCCUACCUGUUCACUAUCAUCAAUAGCCUGCAGGGGGCCUUCAUCUUCGUCAUUCACUGUCUGCUCAACCGCCAGGUACGGGAAGAAUACAGGGGAUGGAUUACCAGGAAGAUCAAACCCAGUUCCGAGUCCCAGACUUCAGGGAUGUUACUGUCCUCUGUCCCCUCCACUUCUAAAAUGGGUUAAAGCUCUUUCUUACUUUCAAAUAUGCUAUGAAGCAACAUUUGAGGAAAGCAGGUACCUGCAGGAGACUACUCUGAAAUCUCUUCACAGCUUGAUGCACAGAUGCAGGAUCCUGCUAGCCCCAGAACCCUCUGGAAAACAAGAAUUUCUGUUCAAGAUGAUAAGUUCAUCAUCCGUGUUCUGCUCUAUGAGUUUCUAGACUUUUGUGGAAGUAACAGAUCCCAGGGCAAUAGCAUGAACAAGGUUACCUGGCUACCAUUUUGGUUUCUCCUAAGCUCAUUGGUGCAUGGCAAGCAAGUGUGUCUCCAGCACUAUCCUGCGCCUGACACAGAGCAGUCCUCAAUAAAUGAUUUGUCAUAUGACUGACUGACUUA